UCAUGCGUUAAUUUAUCAUCUGUGUUAUGAUGGAGUGAUAUCUCAUGCCUUUCGCUCACGACAUUAUUGAUCAGUACAAAUUCUGUCAUUUACGUAAAGCUGUCAUUUUGAUUUUCGCAUUUGGUAUUGUGUGUCUUUUAGGUGUUUUGGCUACAAAUCGGUGUAUGGGCACCAGUUCAUCUCAAGAUAUGCCCCCUCCUGAAAUCAUCCAGCCUCAAGGCCAACACACAGCAUCGCUUAUAUUUCUCCAUGGUCUUGGCGACACUGGCAAAGGAUGGUCAGACACAUUGGGCUCUCUACGUUUAAAGAAUAUAAAAAUAAUAUGUCCAACAGCACCUAUAAAACCGGUUACAUUAAAUGCUGGUAUGCAGAUGCCCUCAUGGUUUGAUAUAAGAGGUCUUUCACCAGAUAGUCCAGAGGAUGAAGAAGGUAUAAAACAGGCAACAGCAAAAUUGCAAGCUUUAAUAGCUGAAGAAGAAAAAUUAGGCAUUCCAACAGAAAGAAUAGCAAUUGGUGGGUUUUCUCAGGGAGGUGCUGUGGCCUUAUAUACAGCUUACACCACUAACAAACGUUUAGGAGCACUUUUAGCAUUUAGUACGUGGAUGCCUCUACAUAAAAGAUUCACCUCACAGGGUUUAAAAUAUAAUGGUGAGCUGCCAGUGUUACAAUGUCACGGUACAGAAGAUCCAGUUGUACCAUUACGAUGGGGACAGAUGACUAGUCAACUUGUAUCUUCUUUCUUUACUAAACACACAUUUAAAACUUAUCCUAUGAUGCACAGCUCUCACCCUCAGGAAUUAGAAGAUGCUAAAUCAUUCCUAACAGAGACAGUUUUGAAACAAUAGUUGUAGUGGGUUUUACUAUCAACAUAUUUAUCAUGUACAGUACAUGCAGAUAGAAUAAUAAAUAUCAAAUGUUUAUAAGUAUUUUAUUAACUUUAAUCACUAAUUACUGGUUAACUAAAUUAUCACCAACAAAAAGUUACAUGUGUAUAUGUUCAAUUUAAUCUUUAGUAUCUUCCCCCAGAAAUAGGAUUAUUAGAACUUAGAUUGAUAUUAUUAAGGAGAUGACUUAAAGUAGACAAAAGCACACUAUUGCAGCAAUCUAAAUUAGAUCUUUAUUUCAUUUUAGUUUAAUUUUGUUUGGCCUGCACUCCACAAAGAUCAUACUGCUUCCGUUUUAAUUUUCUGUUUUCUAGGAAGUCUAACUUCAGUUACUGUCAUUGGUUGAAAUCACUUUUGCCAAGUCAGGUGAAGUCUGGUCAGUUGAACACAAAAUGUUGUUAGAUCUUACUGUAGUGUAAAUCAAUUUGAUUAUGUCAUAAUUUUCUGAACUGAGUAGGCUAAUGAAGAUAGGUAGUGUAAAUGUAAACAAUAUAAAAUGAAAUGAAGUGGGGUUUAAUGCCCUACUUUACUGCACUGUGUGAGCUAAUGAAGACGGAUUAAACAACACAACAAAAAAGAUCCGAAACUAUUAGAAUAUUUUCAGUAAUUUAGAGGAAAUAAAGUGAAAAUGUAAACAAUAUAAAAACAAAAGUAUUAGACUGAUAUUUGUAGAAGUUAUUUAGUAUAAAAUAUGGUAAAAAGGAAGCUUAUAUUACAAGAAUUUCUUAUAAAUAUAUAUGGGAUAAUUGGAAAAUUACAUUUUGAUUGGAUUAUUUUAGUAUUUCUAUUGGUUGUUUAUUGUUGAUAAGUAACAAUCUUAUUUAUUAUGUAUUAUUAAGCAGCUAUAUCUAUAUAGAGAUUAAGUGCUCAAUACAUGUAUUACUUUAGAUGGUACUAUUUUUAGGAUUAUAUCUUUGUAUUUUUGUUAGUAAGCCAACGUAAUUCAAGUUUUUAUGGCCGUUUGGUUGUUGGAUGGCUGAAUGGUUAGCACAUACGCACUGUAUCAAAAGGUCUGUCAUUGAGUUAACUGGCGUGGUUUCGAUUCCCCGGUUGUAUGUGACAAAAAGUAGGGUCGCCUGUCCAAUUAUUGAACCAUGUGUUAGUCCCAAAAUGACCUAGUUUGUGUCGAGUGGACAUUAAACCCCAUGCCCCUCUCUCUCUCUCUCUCUCUCUCUCUUUUUAUGGCAGUUAUAAGCUUUCUUUAAGAUUCUUUAAAGAAUCUGAACUGUAAUUGUAUUAUCAUUUAUUGAAUAUAUCUAAAACUACAUACAGUCUAAUCAAAACUAGAUAUUAUUUAAUAUAUCUUGUUUAUUUGGUUGGUCAUUUCGUUAGCAUUUGGCCUUUUUAGACAGUCAGACAAAUAAUCAAAGCCUUUCAAAAGAUGUUGCAUUAUAUUCUGUAAGAAGGUAUCAUGCACUUCAUCAGAUUCUCAAAGGGGCAUGUGAACACAAAUGUUUUAAUGAUCCGUAUUGACUACAAAAUACAAUAAAGAUUUGUUAGCCUUGUUAACAUCAAGAGACAUUAGAAAUCAAUUAAAUACUCUUAGUAUGCAUAUCUACUACAGUCUGUUACAUAAAUAGCUGUAAAGUUUUAAUAUAUAAUGUGACAUACUAACUGGUUAAUUACAUGGUUUACUGUAUAUCAGAAUGCAGAUGUUAUAAGUUUUUUCUAUUGAAUUCUGAUUUUGCUCUUAAAUUUAUAGUGCAAUUUAUUGAUGGGCUGCUUUUCUUAAUGUAAAUGUUGAAACAUGCUGCGUAAUUUAGUGCAUUUAUUCCUAAAAUGGACUUAAAUUUCUCUUUUUAGCAUUUAAAGAGAAAUAAUUGUAUGUGUAGAAUAUGAAAAUAGAAUUGUUUUAUGUUCCUUGCUGGUAUGUUUUCUUUUAAUUUAGAUGAUUUUUAUGUUUGUUAUAUAAUAUAAUACAUGCUUAUUAAUCUAUUUGACAUCCUAUUUUUUCGUAUUUGUUGUAUAUCCUAUGAAACUUACUAAUACUGUCAUGGUUUUUGUAGUAUGGUAGUGAAAAUUUUGAAUCCCCCCCAAAAAAUGUGUAUUAAUGUCUAGAGAACAUUGUAGUACACUGUCUAUAUAAAUGGGUUAUUUUACAAAUGCAACUUACUAGGAAUGAAAGAAUAAAUGACCAAAGAAUGUAUAUUUUAAAUGUUGUAUAUUGCACUGAAUGUAGUACAACUUCACAAUGGUUUAUGUCGUAAAUUAGCAAUAUUGAUAUUAAUUUAUGAAACAAAUCAGGUCUUGUCUUUACAUGGAGUUAAAACGUACUAUAUUAUGCCCAUAUACAGUUUGAAUCUUACAAAACCUCUAUAUUUCUCAAAUACAUUUGAAACCAUAAUUCUUAAAUUACAGUAAGCUGCCUUAUUUAGAGAUAAACAAUUAGCAUUAUUCAAAAAUAUUGCAAGAACUAAAACUAGUAGAAUUUCUAAAUUAAUAUGAAUGUUCAACAUUUAGUAUGAUAAAGGGCUUAUUACUGAAAACAAAUUAUUUCAACUUAAUACAUAGAUUUAUUUAUACUUUUAAAGAUUUCUCUGUCCAUAUCAGUGGAAAUUAUUUUGAAAACUGGGGUCGCAGGGUUGUAGUAAUUCCAGAGUUAUUGCUCAAGUAAUGCAGGCCACAUUCAUAUUGAAUUUAAAAACUUGCUGUAUUAUUAGGCUCAAUAUUUGAGUAUGUCCCCAGGCACAAUUUGAAGCUUGCUACAGUCAAAUGUAAUAAACUACAUGUAUAGUAAUAUAAUGUAUGAUCACAGUCUGUCUAUUGAUGUAUCUGUGUGUUGACCAUCACCUUGAUUUAUAUAACAAAUACUAUGCAUCAGAAGAACAAAAUAAACAUGUAAUGUAGCCAUA